AUGAAAUCUCGUCCAGCUAAGAGGUAUCGAAUAACAGAGGGUGUGAAUCUGCCUUUCCGCGUAUUACCAACAAUCAAAGAGCUUGGUCGUACACGAAUGGAAGUAAAUGUCAAGGUGAAAGGUGUGUUUGGUGCUAAAAUGUUUGCUCUCGGGGUCGUAGUUAAAAUUCCAGUGCCAAAACAAACAGCAAAGACAAACCUUCCAAGUGACAACUGGAUAAGAAAAUUUCCAGGACAGACAGAGUCCACACUAAGUGCCGAAAUUGAGUUAAUCUCAACAAUGGGAGAAAAGAAAUCUUGGACAAGGCCACCAAUCCAAAUGGAGUUUCAGGUGCCAAUGUUCACAGCAUCUGGUUUGCGAGUUCGUUUCCUCAAGGUGUGGGAGAAGAGUGGUUACAACACGGUGGAGUGGGUUAGAUACAUAACCAAAGCGGGAUCUUAUGAGAUCAGAUGCUGA